AUGCCCGAAGCAUCCCGCAGACUUGAAGGAAAAGUAGCCAUUGUUACCGGAGCCGGUUCCAGCGGACCGGGCGUGGGCAACGGCAAGGCGGCCUCGGUGCUGUUUGCCAGGGAAGGCGCCAAGGUGUUGUUGGUGGACAACGUGCUGGCCCGCGCCGAGGAGACCCUUGCCAUAAUCCGGGAGGAAGGCGGCGAGGCCGACGUGUUCGAGGCCAAUGUCAUCAAUGCCGAUGACUGCAGCCGCAUGGUGGACGCCGCCAUUGACCUGUGGGGUCGCCUCGACAUUCUGGAUAACAAUGUGGGCAUCUCCCGCCGUGGCUCAGUGCUUGAGAUCAGCGAAGAGGACUGGGACUUUGUAAUGGCGGUCAACGUCAAGAGCAUCGUCCUGUGCAGCAAGUACGCCAUCCCGAAGAUGAUCGAAAGUGGCGGCGGCUCCAUCAUCAACAUCUCAUCUAUUGCCGGGCUGCGGGCCCACAGCAGCACUCCCUACACCACCUCCAAGGCCGCGGUCCAGGGCCUUACUAUGUCCAUGGCCGCCGACCACGGCCCCGACGGUAUUCGGGUCAACUGUAUUGCUCCUGGCCUGGUCUAUUCGCCCAUGGUGGCCCCGCGUAUGGACUCGGACCUGCGGGAAAUCCGUAAGAACGCUGCUCCCUUGCGUACCGAGGGCGAUUCCUGGGAUAUCGGUUACGCUGCCCUGUUCCUGGCCAGCGAUGAGGCCCGCUGGGUCAAUGGCGUAAUCCUGCCGGUAGAUGCCGGCCUGACCCAGGUAACGCCGGUAACAUACCAGACCCUCACCCAGCAGCAAUACGCGGGGCCGAGCUAG